GUUGAUGCUGUGAUAAUACAUGCAGACACUAAAACUGUGCUUCUUCAGCUUAAACCCCAGUUUCGAGGAAUAGUUAAAGCUCCAUAUUUCCACAUAGGAAGUAUUUCUAAGUUUGAAGACAAUCUUCAAGAGGCACUAGAGGAUAUGGGGGCUCCAGACUCAGUAGAAAUUAAAUAUGAACAACCGUUUAGACCUGGUUUUUCAUUGGCAUCUCUGUUGACUUUUCUCCUUGUGUUAUCAAUGAUGCGGACAUUUGCCAGAAGAGGACAAGUUGGAAAGGGGCCCGGUGGGGGAGGUUUGGGAGAUCUUUUUGGAAUGGGAAAAUAUCAAGUCAAGAAGGUCACCAAGGACACAGGGGUUAAAUUCAAGGAUGUAGCAGGGUGUGAAGAAGCCAAGAUUGAAAUAAUGGAAUUUGUGAACUUUCUAAAACACCCACAGCGGUACAAAGAAUUAGGAGCCAAAAUUCCAAAGGGGGCCUUACUGACAGGACCCCCGGGGACAGGGAAAACUCUCCUCGCCAAGGCAACAGCAGGGGAGGCAAAUGUACCCUUCCUCAGUGCCUCAGGAUCUGAAUUCUUAGAGAUGUUUGUCGGUGUUGGUCCAAAAAGGAUCAGAGAGAUGUUUGCACAAGCCAGAUCUAAUGCCCCCUGUAUAUUAUUUAUUGAUGAAAUUGAUGCUGUAGGAAGGAAAAGGUCUGGAAGGUCAUUUGGAGGUCACAAUGAACAAGAAAACACACUGAAUCAGCUUCUAGUCGAAAUGGACGGUUUCAAUACCCAGGAAGGAGUUGUGAUUUUAGCAGCUACCAACAGAAUGGAUGUUUUGGACCAAGCUCUACUGCGACCAGGUCGAUUUGACAGACAAAUAUAUGUACCCACCCCAGACAUUAAAGGAAGAGCCUCAAUAUUUAAAGUUCAUUUAGAAAGAAUAAAAACAGAGAUGGAUAAAAAAGAAUUGGCAAAGAAAAUGGCUUCCAUGACUUCAGGUUUUUCAGGAGCUGACAUAGCUAACAUAUGUAACGAAGCAGCAUUGAUUGCUGCUAGGGAGAGUGCAGCAUCCGUCACAGUCAAACAUUUUGAUGCAGCCAUUGAUAGAGUCAUUGCAGGUUUGGAAAAGAAAACAAAGAUUUUCCUGCCACAUGAGAAGAAGAAGAUUGCUUUUCACGAGGCUGGCCAUGCAGUAGCUGGAUGGUUCUUAGAACACUGUGCUCCAUUACUGAAAGUUUCUAUCAUACCACGAGGCAAAGCAUUAGGGUAUGCCAUGUACGUCCCAGUAGAGAGACAACUAUACACACAGCAACAGAUCCAAGAUCAGAUGUGCCUAGCCUUGGGAGGAAGAGAAUCAGAAAAGCUGUUCUUUGGGGAGUAUACAUCAGGGGCCAUGGAUGACCUUCAAAAAGUGACUUCUAUGGCUUAUUCACAGGUGGUUACCUAUGGAAUGAAUGAAAAAAUAGGUCAGGUCUCUUAUCACGAUCCAUCCAAACAAGACCAGGGCUUCACCAAGCCGUACAGUGAGGAGACGGCUAAGAUGAUUGAUGAGGAAGUGAGGGCCAUGGUCAAAGAGUGCUCAGAUAGGACCUUCCAACUCCUCAAAUCAAAGAAAGCAGAAGUAGAGAGGGUGGCUACAAGACUGAUGGAGAGAGAAAAAAUAGAAAAAGCAGAUUUAGAAGAACUACUUGGAAAGAGACCUUUUGCAGAGAAGACAACUUAUGAAGAAUUCGUUGAAGGCACAGGAUCUAUAGAGGAGGACACAACUUUACCAGAGGGCUUAAAAGACUGGAACAAAUCGGAGGAGGAGAAAGACAAGGAGGAAAAGAAACCAGAGGAGGAAACAAAGAAACAAGAGGCCGAGUCCACAGCUACCCAUUAAUGGGAGUCCAUUGCUAGCCAUUAAUACCAGUCCACUGCUAGCCAUCAAGUUCUAUAAACUGUGUAGUGGGAUUUUGCAUCAUGUGUGUAAACUUCAAGAAAAAUUGAGUGUAAUAGAUUUAAUAAUUCAUCAUUUUUCAAAGACACUUUCCUGAACUGUAUGUGUAGAAAGUCAAUGUCUAAUUGUUUUGAAACAUUGUAAUUUAUGAAAAUUCAAAUGUAAGAAAUUUGGCUUUUUGAGUUUAAGAAAUGCCAUAUUAUUGUGAUGGAACUGUACUUGUUAAAAUAUUAAAUUUCGUAAAUACAUGUA